AUGGCGUUGCUGGGCCUCCUCCUGUUGACGCUGAUAUACUUGAGAGGCGCCCAGGGGGAUACGCCCAACUUGGUGCUGUUUUCAGUGGAUGAUGAAAUCGUGAGCGAGGCAUGGCAAGCCGCGUAUUACGACACGAUCCAGAGCUCAGGCAUCAGCAACCCAAAUGGCUGCAAGCCGCCGAUCACUUGGUUCACGAGCAAGGGGCCCGACAGGGGCGACUGCGACACGGCGCUGCUCGCAUACAGUGCUGGGCAUGAGCUGGCCACGCAUACGGUGACCCAUCCCGAGCUGCCAGGGCUGUCUUACGAUGAGAUCACUGCAGAGGUUGCUGGGCAGCGCGAAUGGUUGAUUGACUGCGGCAUCCCGGCAGAAGCCAUCACCGGCUUCCGUGCGCCAUACUACAAAACGGAUGACACGGUCACGCAGGUGCUAAUUGAUUUGGGCGUCCAGUAUGACAGCAGCAAGGCUGACGACAGCCCCACCCAGCAAGCUUACUCCACUGGCUCCCUCUGGGAGGUCCCUGCAUACACUCUGCCUGGUGGUGACAGACGUUCUGACCCGCAGCCUGAAGAUGGCAUGUCUGUGCUGGAGAGGCUGCAAGCCGCCUUUGAGAGCAAGCGCGGCUCCGGGGCGCCCGUCUCCAUCCUUGUGCAUGAGCCAUGUAAGCUCUCCAACCGCGAUGACAUUGUGGCUUUCCUGUCUUGGGCAUUUGCACAGGAUAACACAUGGGGCAUCACGUAUCAGCAGUACAUCUCCUGGUUGGAGGCAGGCGCAGGCGAUAUUGCCAGCGUGCUGUCCAACUACACCUGCGGCAGCUGA